UUUCUUUUCUUAAAAAAUGGAUUUUCUUUUGGAGUUGGAUUUGCAUAUAUAUUUAUAUAUAGGUAUAAAGGUCGCAACUAGCAAGCGUGUGAAAUAGGGAGACAGACAGCAAGGAAGAUAUUGAAAAAAACAGUAGUUGGAGAAACUUGUUAAUAAAUCCAUUAAAAAAAAUUAAUUCCUCAUUUAUGCCACGUGGCCCUGACCAAAUCCUCCUCCUCUCGGCACGUGUCACGCUCCCGACCUUCUUACGUUGCUCCACCAAUACCCUUUUCGUCUUUUCACGCUCUUGCCAAUCACCUCAAAUCCCCACUCUCUCUCUCUCCUCUCUCUCUCUCUUUCUCUCCUCUUUCAUGGCUUCCUCUCUGCAGCUGGCCGUUUCUCUUGUGCAAGAAACACCCAAAACCAUGUCAACGGCUACUAGAAUCCGCGGCUUUCUGUAAGGAAAACAAAAAGAAGCCGAGUUUUGAGAUUGAGCCUAAUUUUUCAUUUUUUUUGCUCUCUUUUUCUUUUCUUCAUUUUUUAAUUUUCCCGGGAAGAAGAGGAAACCCAGUAGUUGAGGUUCCGCCAUUGUUUAAUGGAGAGUGGUGAGGGGAAACGGGAGAGGCUGAGCCUCUCGAUGGGAAUGAAGGGAAUUUCGAGCGAUCCGCUGCAGAAACUGAUGAAAGAAGAUGGGAAGGAGCGAGAAGCAGAGGAGGAGGAAGAAGAUGAGGAAGAAUUGGAGCUGAGCUUGGGGCUUUCGUUGAACGGCAGAUUCGGAGUUGACCCAAUGAGGAAGAGGCUGAAGCGGUCGUCCUCGAUUUCGAACUUUGUUUUCGCGGUUGACAAUGGCGGCGGCGAGGCGGAGCUGGCGAGGACGCGGUCGCUGCCGGCGGAGGAGUGGCGGCGGCGGAAGGAGUUCCAGUCGAUGAGGCGGAUGGCGGCGAGGAAGAAGAGGAUGGAGAAGCUGAGGAAUGUGAGAGUGCAGCACAAGGAGAAGGAGUGCUGCAAUGAAGGUGUGAGCAAUGGAUAUGAAAUCUCAUCGUCGCAAGGCUCAAUUGGAUCCACCGGCUCAGGCUCAUCUGGGAUUUCUGAUCUUGAUUUUGAGGGCGGGAGCCAAAAGGCUGACGUCCCACCUCCCACAAUCCGGCCACCGCAAGAUCAGAGCGAGGGCCGGGCAGCAGCCGAUAGGGAUGCCAAGCUGCCGCCGCCACCACCUAGCAAGUCCCUGAAGAACGUGAUGUGUGAAAUGCCAUACGUCUCCACCAAGGGAGACGGACCCGAGGGCCACAAGAUAGAAGGAUUCUUGUACAGAUAUAAGAAAGGCGAGGAAGUUAGGAUAGUCUGCGUUUGUCACGGCAUGUUCCUCACACCGGCGGAAUUCAUCAAGCACGGGGGUGGGGGCGACGUCGAGCACCCCUUGAAGCACAUCGUAGUUAACCCUUUCCCUCUCUUGUAGCUUCGAACGCUGCGGUCUGCUAGCUUUAGUUCUGGCCUUGAAUGCUUCUAUUUCCCCCUCUCUUGAUGAGUAGAGUUGAUGAAGAACAAGCCAUGCUUGUAACUUGACAACCAUACAUUGUAUGCUACUUCUUCUUUCCAGAUUCCUACCUCGCUUAUUUGUUUGUAAACAUUUAUUUGUUCUGUUUUUUACUUUUAAAUAUGUAUUGGAUCAUUUUUGUUGACUAAGAUGAUGUAUUGUCUUCUCAAAUGAAAAUGACAUUAGGUUAUUUUUGGAAAA